AUCGUGCGCAAGCAGGGGAUGGUUUGAUCGCUACUUCCGCUUAUUUUCCUCCAGUCUGUUUACAUCAGUUUCCUAAGGUGCCUUUUUAGGCUGUUUUAAUAAAUCUCUCUUUUUAAAAACCGAAUGGCUCAAAACAAUGGAGGCGGUGCCCAUUGGUCAAUACAGCGACGUGUGGAGGGUUUGGUGAACAAACACAUGGCAGACAUGGCACUGGAAACACUACAGCAUAGGCUUUCUGUCGUGUCAGAAGAUAUGAACCAUCUGUCAGAAGAAGCGCAGAGGCGUCCUGAGGAGGACGCAUCACGACAUGCAGAGGACGCAUCACGACAUGCGGACAUGAACUUUGACGCGGAGUCACAGUCGGAGGCGUACAGCAGCGGGGGCUCCGAGGGAAAGUUAUCGCAAAUAGCGGCAUCCUCAGAGACGGCAGCUCAAAGAAAAAUCAUAUCGCUUUUGAUUGAGAUUAAAGAGGAGCAGCAAAGGCAGUGGGUGAUUUUAAAGGAACUGCAGGCUAGGAUGCAGGGACCCGUGUGUGACGAUGAUGACGAGACUUUGGAGAUAGAUCUUCCACUGAGGUCCAUGGAACAGCUUGACGAGACCGAGAGGUAUUUGGAGGAUGCAGUCGCACAGAGAAAACUGGUAUCGCACCUGUCGCGGAUGGGUGGGGCCACAGUAGACGACGCCAUCCGACGUCUGAUGCAGGCUGUGCUCUCCUUCGGGGUCGGCUCUGAGAUGAACUGGGCGGGCCGUGGGGAGAAGAGAAGCUUCCGGAACACUAGGCUUCAGGGUGUACUUUUCCGGGCUCUGAAGAAGACGCCAGUUGGAAAGGACGCCACGCAGCACCAGUUCGCAGAUGUUGUAAAAAAAUGGCUCCGGUUCGCCCCCUUCAGGCAGGGUGGGAGUGGACGCCGCCAACAUUACAAACCAGCAGUGGAUUUCAUCUGUACUGAGGGAACCCUGUGAUUCACCUGCAGAGGGAAAUCAUUCAUUUUAAUUCUUUGUUUGUGUUUGAAUUUUGUCACUAUGAAAGUAAAUAUAACUUGUCACUUUAAAUUUAAUCACAUUUAACGUUAUUUAACGUUUUUUUUUCUUACUCAUAUUAAUCUGUGCUAAAAUUUCAAUACCAAAGUCUCGUUAUGGGGCAACUGUUUGUACUGAAUGUCCAUUAUUACCAUUAAAAAGCACUAACUGGUUGAAAUCAAUGAGAAGUGUUAUAUGGACCCAGUAUUGGUAGCAGAAGGCAGUCUCACCUAGCAUAGGUGUCAGAGCUUUGAACCCACACUCUUCUGGUAUGAUGACAUGUUGCUGCCUGCCACAGUACUCAUUAUUCUAAGGCAGUGUUUUCCAGUCCGGGUCUCGGGGACCCACAGCAGUUCAUGUUUUUGCUCCCAUCCACCUGGAAGCUCAGAGGGUGCAAAAAUUUGGACUGGCUGUAGGUCCCCGGGGACUGGAUUGGGAAUCACUGUUCUAAAGUACUUGUAGCUCUUAUUCACAAAGGCUUAAAGAUUCAAACACAAAAUGAUUUACAGCGACGCAUGAAGGAACAUCCCUAAUACAUCUGCAUAAAUCUACUUAAAACUGUAAUGUGACAUUUACAAUGUAAUUGAAGCCUUAAUCCAAUGCAUUGUAUCAUGUAAUUAGGUCAUCUUUUUGAUAGUAUAGAUAAGUUAUAUAACUGUAAAAUGACAUGGUAAUUUGUGCAGACUGCACGUCUUAGCAUAUUUGUGAAGCAUGAUUAAUU